GCCGCCAGCAGCCAUGCAGGGCGCGCGGGCCUGGCGGUGCCGCGGCCUCUUGCUGACCCGCGCCGCGCCGGGCCUCGCCGCGAGCCGCAGUCCCAAACCCAGCAGCCGGCAGCCUCCCUGCCCAGAUCACACCCAGGCAGGCAUGCCAGAGGGAUACCUCCAGCCCAGCCACCCUGGGGUGGGGCCCGGUGAGAGGAAGAGAAUGGAGCCUGAAGGACCAUUCCACCCACUGUGACUCGCCCUGACCUCACAGUCAUCACCCUUCCCACCGCCAGGGGUAGCUCCUCCCGGGACAAGGACCGAAGCGUGACGGUCAGUAGUUCAGUGCCCAUGCCGGCUGGAGGGAAGGGGAGCCGGACUAACUGCUCUCAGCCCACACCCCAGAAAGUCCCCAACCGCCUGAUCAGUGAGAAGUCACCGUACCUUCUGCAACAUGCCUACAACCCUGUGGACUGGUACCCCUGGGGGCAGGAAGCCUUCGACAAGGCCAGGAAAGAAGACAAGCCAAUUUUCCUUUCAGUGGGGUAUUCCACCUGCCACUGGUGCCACAUGAUGGAGGAGGAGUCCUUCCAGAACGAGGAGAUUGGCCGCCUGCUCAAUGAGGACUUUGUCAGCGUGAAGGUUGACCGGGAAGAGCGGCCCGAUGUGGACAAAGUGUAUAUGACCUUUGUGCAGGCCACCAGCAGUGGUGGGGGCUGGCCCAUGAGUGUGUGGUUGACCCCCAACCUACAGCCCUUUGUGGGGGGCACCUAUUUCCCCCCUGAGGAUGGCUUGACCCGAGUUGGCUUCCGCACAGUGUUGAUGAGGAUUCGGGAGCAGUGGAAACAGAACAAGAGUACUCUGCUGGAAAACAGCCAGCGUGUCACCACAGCUCUGCUGGCCCGGUCGGAGAUCAGCAUGGGUGACCGCCAGCUGCCACCCUCUGCUGCCACCAUGAACAGCCGCUGCUUCCAGCAACUGGACGAGGGCUAUGAUGAGGAGUAUGGCGGCUUCGCCGAGGCCCCCAAGUUCCCCACGCCAGUGAUCUUGAGCUUCCUGUUCUCCUACUGGCUCAGCCAUCGGCUAACUCAGGAUGGCUCUCGGGCCCAGCAGAUGGCCUUGCACACCCUGAAGAUGAUGGCCAACGGGGGCGUCCGAGACCAUGUGGGGCAGGGCUUCCACCGCUACUCCACGGACCGCCAGUGGCACGUCCCCCACUUUGAGAAGAUGCUGUAUGACCAGGCACAGCUCACGGUGGCCUUUUCACAGGCCUUCCAGAUCUCUGGUGACGAGUUCUACUCCGAAGUUGCCAAAGGCAUCCUGCAGUACGUGGCUCGGAACCUGAGUCACCGGUCUGGAGGCUUCUACAGUGCAGAGGACGCGGACUCGCCCCCGGAGCGGGGCAUGCGGCCCAAAGAGGGUGCCUUCUACGUGUGGACAGUCAAAGAGGUCCAGCAGCUCCUCCCCGAGCCCGUGCUGGGCGCCACCGAGCCUCUGACCUCGGGCCAGCUCCUCAUGAAGCACUAUGGGCUCACGGAGGCCGGCAGCAUCAGCCCCAGUCAGGACCCAAAGGGGGAGCUGCAGGGCCAGAACGUGCUGACCGUCCAGUAUUCACUGGAGCUGACUGCUGCCCGCUUUGGCCUGGAAGUGGAGGCCGUGCGGACCUUACUCAACUCAGGCCUCGAGAAGCUUUUCCAGGCCCGGAAACAUCGGCCGAAGCCGCACCUGGACAGCAAGAUGUUGGCGGCCUGGAACGGACUGAUGGUAUCUGGCUUUGCCGUGACCGGGGCUGUCCUGGGCCAGGAGAGGCUGAUCAACUACGCCAUCAGUGGUGCCAAGUUCCUGAAGCGGCACAUGUUUGACGUGGCCAGUGGCCGCCUAAUGCGGACCUGCUAUGCAGGCUCUGGGGGGACCGUGGAGCACAGCAACCCGCCCUGCUGGGGCUUCCUGGAGGACUACGCCUUUGUGGUGCGGGGCCUGCUGGACUUGUACGAGGCUUCACAGGAGAGCGCGUGGCUCGAGUGGGCUCUGCGGCUGCAGGACACGCAGGACAGGCUCUUCUGGGACUCCCGGGGUGGCGGCUACUUCUGCAGUGAGGCUGAGCUGGGGGCUGGCCUGCCCCUGCGUCUGAAGGACGACCAGGAUGGUGCAGAGCCCAGCGCCAACUCCACGUCGGCCCAUAACCUGCUUCGGCUGCACGGCUUCACAGGCCACAAGGACUGGAUGGACAAGUGUGUGUGCCUGUUGACCGCCUUCUCUGAGCGCAUGCGCCGUGUCCCCGUGGCGUUGCCUGAGAUGAUCCGCGCCCUCUCAGCCCACCAGCAGACCCUCAAGCAGAUCGUGAUCUGUGGAGACCCCCAGGCCAAGGACACCAAGGCUCUGUUGCAGUGUGUCCACUCCAUCUACAUCCCUAACAAGGUGCUGAUUCUGGCUGAUGGGGACCCCUCGAGCUUCCUAUCCCGCCAGCUGCCUUUCCUGAGUACCCUGCGACGGCUAGAAGACCAGGCCACUGCCUACGUGUGUGAGAACCAGGCCUGCUCGAUGCCCAUCACCGAGCCCUGUGAACUACGGAAACUGCUACAUCAGUGACUGCCUCCCCCACCUCGGGCUGGGGCAGAAGGUGGAGCUUCCCAGCCGGCCAGAGACUCAGGCCCUGCAGGGCCCUGCAGAACCUGCGGCCACCCUUGAGCACACUGUCACCAGGUGACCUCGGCCAUCCUCGCUGACCCACCAUGGGCACCCACUUACCCUGGAAUAAACCUAACAGCGUCCUGCGGGAA